UAAAUUAACUAUAGCUUUGUAGUUGUUUCUUGACAUAACAUUCCUAUGUACAGUCUGUGAAUAUUUUAUUGUGAUUCUGAUAACAAACGUUAAACUUUUCGAGAUAACAAUUUCCGUUUGUUUAUUUCUAUUAGAUCUGUUUAUUGACAGAACUCGCCUACAAGUCCCGUGGUGGGAAGUUAUUUCCAUAACUAGUUUCCAAUUUGCAUAUCCUCCUUAGAAAAAUAAAUGGAUUAUAAUCACUACGUUUAAAAAACAGUUCAAAACAUUCUAAUGGCAAAAUAAAUAAUUCUUACUUUUUCAUUAAGUUUAAAGGACGAAAAUGAAAGAAUGGAGUAAACUGUUUCCUAAUAAAGAAGCUUUUAUAGUAUUCUCAUUAUACAUAAUUCUGUUUGUAUUCCAAGGUGUUUUUAUAACAGCAUCAAAAACUGAAAAUGGAGUAUAUGACUAUAACACAACACUUGUUGUUUUUCUUUCUGAAUUGUUGAAGCUUAUUAUAUCUGCUGUAUUGUACACAUGCAGAAAAAAAAAUAAGCCAAAUAUUUUUCAAGCAGUUGUCCUAAACUACAAGUUGGCUUUGUAUUACUUCAUCCCAUCACUCUUAUAUUGUUUUUACAACAAUCUAGCUUUUAUAAACUUGUCCCAUUAUGAUCCAACAUCUUAUUACAUUCUUCUACAAUUAAGAGUGGUUCUUACAGCUAUCAUUUUUCAGUUUUUGUUUCAAAAGAAGCUUACCUUUAUUCAAUGGAUCUCACUUGGUAUACUCACAUUGGGGUGUAUGAUAAAGAACUUCGAUGCUGCUACUAUGUCAGGAAAAGAAGAUUCCAAUUGGUCACAAAUAUUCAACAUAUACUUUUUGUCUAUCAACUUUCAGAACUUUUGCUCUUGUUUAGCGGGAACUUAUAAUGAAUACUUGCUUAAAACUAAGGGAUCUAAUGUGGAUAUUUUCCUUCAAAAUGUCUACAUGUAUCUGGAUUCAGUUCUUUGCAACUUUUUUAUUUUAAUGUGCAAAGGUGAACUAGGUAAUGUAUUUAGUGAUUUUCAAUCUUUAGGUGAUAUAUUUGUAAUCCUUAUCACUAUAAACAGUGCCAUUGUAGGUAUAGUAACAAGUUUUUUCUUGAAAAAUUUGAAUUCAAUCCUAAAAACAUAUGCCAGUGCUUUAGAGUUAAUAGUAACAGCUGUAGUUUGUUAUAUACUUUUCAAAAUAAUUAUUACAUGGUAUACUAUUUUGUCGAUUGGUUUAGUUACAAUUGCAGUUGCAAUGUAUAUGAAAAAUCCUGUAAAUAAUGUGAGCCCCAAUGCAGAUGACAAAAAACCACUCAUGGAAGUGGUGGUAGAUUAAAUAAAUUCUAAACCUCAUGUACCUAAAUCAAGUCAGAAAACAUCUGUAAUUUUAAUUGUAAAUUGCAUGUCACUCUAUGUAUAUAACAUGUUUAUUCUUCUCAUUCUCUCGAGAAUCAAACCUGCUAUUAGUAAGAUAAAAAAAACUUCUAUUUACAAUCUAAUGCCAAAUUUUAAAUUCAAUUUAGUAUCUAUCCUUUUUUACUAUUUGCUGUAGAUAAGAACAACAACAACCAAAACAAUCUGUAAUGUAAGAUUUUGCAUUAGAUUGAUCACUCUGUAACCUCAGCCUAGCCAUGUAAGAAUUAGCAAACUGUAAAAAUUGGGAUAUGGGAUCUAUAAAAGGCUGUUGUACAUCUUGCUGUCUCAUUCGCAUAGUGUUACGACUAUUGUGCGAAAGAGAUGGGGGCACCAUUUAUAAAUCUAUUAUUUAUUGGCGCGGGUUCUAAGUACGUACGAAAGUAUCUAUCUUCAGAUAGAUUUUUUUAACCAAAUCUGACUUUUUCUUUAUUAAUAAUUAUUAUACUCACCAUGUUUAAUUUAUGCAUCUGUACUUGCCUGACUGAAGACUAAUGCUCAAGAGUUGCUAGUCUUUAAAUUAUAAUUUAGUUUAUGGUGGAGAUAUCCGUAAUAUCAGAGUGCACAUAGUUGUUAUGUACAUGUCACAUUAAUAAAAUGAAUUUAUUUAGUGUGCUUCUUAUGCUUACCUGUCUUAACAAAUCUUUCUAUUAGUUGCUAAUCGAAAUUGAAUUGA